AUGAGUAGAUCAACAAGAGACAUUGGCGGCAGACUGAAGAAGACGGGCGUGACAGAGAUCAAGCUCACUGGCAACUACACCAGAGCAGACAUCGAACGAAUCGCCCAACGAGACAGCAACACGCUCCAACGAUACGGCGCCAACGCGAGGAUAGAGGUCGUGCUCGACUACGGCAACCAUCAAUAUCGAUCAGGCAAGUUCACCAAGGGCAAGGCAGGAGGCUGCGACGGCGAAUGGAACAACUGCCUCUACCACUGCCUCCACGAUGCCUACCCAGACCAGGUGACUGAGCACUACGGCAAGCCAUCGCGCCUCAAGAUGUUCCUCGGUCUUGAUGUCAAACAAAAGGUGUCAAUCAAGCGCAUCGCAGAACUCGAGGCCAGACUCAACAUCAGAAUCAACGUCAAAGGUGAUCAUUGCCACGCCUCCACUUCGAGGGCAACCAGAGAGGUCAAUCUGAUACUAACCAACGGACACUACAAGCUAGACAAGGAAGGCACCUAUGCAGGCAAGGGCAUCAGACACAUGCGACACAACGAGAGGGACGUCUACAUCAAGCCAAUCGUAUUCAAGUAUCUCAAAGGCGAACAGGUCGAGCUCUACGAUGGGGAUGAGUACUCCACCAUCAGCCUGGAGCAGUUCAUCAACAAGAAGAGGCGCAAGUACCAAGACAAGUGCGAGUACAUCCGCAUCCUCUCGGACAUGACUCUGGAGGAGACAUUGGACUCGUUCAAGGCCGACGCCGAUAUGCUCAAGGAACACACUAACGGCGUCAUCGACAUGUACACCACUGGACAGAACAUCAACAAGGCUGCGAUCAAGCUGUUCCUCUCGUACAAUAAGACUGUCAAACCAGAGCCUAUCGGUCAGAUAGAGGGCGAGUGGAUAAAGAAGGCAGCCUAUGGCCCAUUGAUGAUGGCGACGCAGUACACUGGCCCCCUCUACAAGUAUGACGUCGCUAGGAUGUAUGCCUCCAUCUUGAGGAGCAGCGGCUUCAUGAUCCCAAUCAAGUGCGGCAAGUUCCAGCAUCUGACCGAUGAGGAGCUUGCAGCCAUGCGAACCAUCCCAUUCGGUAUAUAUCGCGCCACGAUCAACGGCAAGCACGGCGAAUUCAAGAUCAAUAAGAACGACUACUACACUCACUAUGACCUCAUCUUUGCCAAGGAGCUAGGGCUGACAUUCAACCUCAAGACCGGCAGAAAGGCAAAUGCUCUGAUCUACGACAGCUGCUGCAGGAAGUUUGGCUGCGAUCUGUUUGGCAAGUACAUCGAUCAGGUGCUCGGCUGGAUUGACGCAUGUGAGCCCAAGUCUAGAUUAGAGGAGCUCUGCAAGUGUCUCUAUCAACGCCUCUGGGGCGCUCUCUCCAAGCGCAACAAGACCAAACAGUGCGUCAACAUGGAGUGCGAUGCCGAGGUCAUCACGACCAGCGACGGACAGAGAACGAUCAAGCACAUCAAUAUCAACGUUGACGAGGACUACUCAAUCGAUCGCAUCACUCCAACAGCCAAUGGAAGCGCAAUGAUCAAGUCGGCCUGCAACACCGACAUGUUCGACACACCAUUCGCUCGCAUCAUGCCAUUCAUCAUCUCUCGUGGUCGCAAGAUGAUUGGAACGAUAAUAAAGGACGACAUUGACUGCAUCAAGCGCGUGCACACUGAUGGAUUCGUCUCGACCAAGCCAUGGACUGAGAGGACAGGCAAGCGAUCACUGGACUACCCCAAGUUGGGCAAGGAGUGUGGCGACCUGCGAUACGAGGGCUACUGCCCGAACGCCAAUGUCAAGAACAUGACCAAACCUGUUGGAUCUUUCGCAAUUGGAAUAUGGCAAGGUGAAGGAGAGUUUAAAAUAUAG